GGACCGGCAAAGCAGCAGGCAGGGACCAACUAAAGAAGGAGCACUACGAGCUACUCAGCGCGCAGAACAAGAACCUCGUGAGAGAAAAGGUGCGCAGGUAUUGGCGAGAAGGCACCCUAGAGGACGGCGAAGUCGACUCGCUAAUAGUGGUGCUACCAAAACCAGGAAAAGACCACAGCAGCACUGCAGGAUGGAGGCCAAUAGCCUUGCUGAAUUUCUUCGCAAAGAUCUUCGCAUCCGCGCUAUACCUCAGGCUGGUUGGCCCAAUAGACAAAACACUCUCAGAGGCACAGGCAGGCUAUAGGCCUUACAGGAGAGCAGUAGACAACACGCUGGCACUGAAACUGGCGCUCCAGGCACGGGCAGCAGUGGGGCGCACCACAUCAGUUUGUUUCGUUGACCUGACGCAGGCAUUCGACACUGUACCGCGAAAACUGGUAGCAAGGGCUUUCGAGGAAUACCGGAUCCCACUGCAGCUACGCGAGAACUUCUGGGCCUUGUACAGGGAGCAUAGCUUCGCAGUACGCAGGGAGGCAGCAGUCAGCGACUCAAGGAGGACCACCACCGGCACAAAGCAGGGCUGCCUACUUUCGCCACUCAUCUUCAACAUGUGCAUAAGCUACGUCCUAGAGCGAACAGACCUAGGAGAAGGAGCAAAGAUGCACAGAACAAAACUUCUACGAAAGGACGAGGGCGCCGAAGUAGAAGUAGUCCGACUAGACCAUCUGCUAUACGCUGACGAUAUCGCUCUGCUAGCAGAGGACGCCGAGAGCCUCAGGGGAGCCACGCAAAGGCUGGUGGACACGAUGGCGGAGCACGGUCUGACAGUCAACCUCACAAAGACGAAGUAUGUAGAAUUCGACCUCAGCGGGCAGGUGGAGGUGGAGGAGACCUCGGCAGCAGGUGGGCUCACCCUGGAGCAGGGCAGGGUCGAGCAGGUGCACGCUUUCGCCUACCUAGGUAGCACACUAACCCAGGACGGAGACGACGAAGCGGAUAUCCUCAGCAGGAUAGAGCGGGCCCAGAAGAAAAGCGGGGAGCUCUCCAGGGUCUUCGCGCAGAGGAACAUUAGCAGGGAGCUAAAGACGCGCAUCUUGAGGGUGUUCGUGUUGCCGGUAGCGCUCUGGGGAUCUGAGACCUGGACACUAACGAACAAAACGAAGGCAGCGCUCGACACAUGGUGGCACAAGAAGCUACGCUCUUGCAUUGGAGCAACGAAGGCCGACCACAUCCGCACGGCGGACCUGCUGGAGGAGACAGGGCAGGAGGAGCUUAGCAGCAUUGUCGAGCAGAGGCGCCUCAGAUACAUCGGGCACCUAGUGCGAUACCCAGAGGCAAGGUGGGCGCGGAUCGCUCUAACAGCAGAAGGAGAGCGGCCGCAGGGCUACAGGAGAGGCAGGGGAGCGCCGCGCGCAACCUACAGGAGGCAACUGGAGGCAGACCUUAGGGCGAGAGGGGUGCAGCUAAGCAGCGCGGAGAACAGAAGCCUCUGGGCACAAGUAGCAAGACAGAAGCCAGAGCUUCAGCGUUCAACAACAGGAACAACAGGAACAGUUGGCCGAACACUAACAAUCCAACAACAAGCUAGACUGGCGGGUAGAUCUCGUCUGGGAAAUCUUAGGCAGCUCGCCGAAUAGAUUCAAAUCAUCAAUGAGCAAGUAGAAGUCCCUAGUACAACUAAGUGAAUGUUGGCGACACUCUACAUGAUGAUCACAACAUGCGCUCAUCUUCAUUGUUUACUGGCUUAUAACUAACUACAGACAGGAUAAUGGUGAUUAAAGAAGCUCACGGCAUACCUGAGGGGCACUAGAGGUGACCGCCCUCCCUCGGGGUGGAUCACAAGGCGGACAGACAAAGACAGACAGUCCAUCUGAAACCACGGCAACCGCAAAAGCCUCAUCCCGAUCCGUUAUAAAUAUGAGCUCUCGGGGUAUCUUCCUGUCAACAAACAAGCUCGUUUUCUAGUGGUGACAGUGAACAGAACAAAACAACAAAAAAGCA